UAAAAACAAAAAUAAAAUUAUCAAAAUGGUCUGCCUAUAUUCUCUUAUCCUCUAUUUAAUCCUAUGUAUUUUUAUUUUAUUCUAUGCAUUUUUAUAUUUAUUGAAGUGAAAUACUUAGAUCUUAUGAAAAAUAUGGUCAUGGUCACCUUACCAUGAUGAUGGUAAAGAGAUUUACCACUAUGACUAAGUGCCCAGCAGCUUUCUUGAUAAAUAUUCUAUAUUACACUGGUGAGAACUCUUAUUACUUAUUAAUUAUCAUCUUUACCAGUUUAUUAAUUUUAAGUAUUAGUUGGAAUAAAAAAUUAUAAUCGUCUAGAAAUUAUAGCAUAUAUGGUGUGCAAUUCAAUAAAAUUAAAACCUCGAAAUACACUUAAGAGAACUUAAUUAAAAAAUGCAAUGGGAAUAUUAAUUGUUACAGCAUGUCUGGGUCUUUUGAAGAGAAGAAACCCAUCAGUGCUACAGGUGGCAGUUCUUUCAUUUUGGGUGCUAACAGGUGUCACUCAUGCAAAUAUGUGGAAUGCAAAAAGGAAAUGGGUCUCAUAGAUUAAUAAGUGAUAGGGAAAGAUGAAAUUCACCGUAAAAGAUCUCUUUGUUCGGAUAAAAAGAAGUUCGAUAGAGAGUGGAGAAUAGUCGUGAGAAAAGAGAAGGAUCUGGGACAGGGAUCUAAUAAAACAAUCCAUAGAGUAAUCAAAUCAAUGCACCUGACCGGAGCGCCCCAACUUGCCUCGCCGCUACGAUCUCAGGCUGUUAAAUUGGGGAAGAAUAUAUAUAUGCCCACAGAGCAUAGCAGAGCAGAGACUGGGUCAGAUCGGGGAGAAGAAGAACAUCACUAUCCAAUUGUGCACCCCAAUUGCAUCUCCGGGAAGUCAAGAACUUCCCAGGUACAGACGGUGAUGGUGGGUCAAUCAAAUUGACAACUUCCUAUCCUCUCUCCCACAAACCGAUUUCAGGCCUCUAGACAAUUCCACCGCGCUCCUGCCAUAUCAGAGAGAAGAGAAGUCGAAGGGCCAUAACCCAGAACCUCUUGUCCAUCUUCAAAUCGGUGUUGCGGGUAGAAGAAAUGGCGGAUCAGAGCUAGCCUGAAAUACCCCAAACUCCAACAGCCGCAAGCAGAACGUCGGGUAAGCCGGAAAAAUGGCAGUGGGUAAUAAAACGGGUAAUAAAAUACUACUAUGAACCUUCGCGCACAUAACCAACGGCGAAGCGGCAGACCGGCGUUGAUAGAAUGGUGCGGAGAGGAAGACAGUGAUCGAUAUCUUUUCUGGGAGACGAAACGUCGGGGUAGGAGAGGAAAGGGAGAAAGUUCGGCGACCGUCUUCUCAGGAAGAUUGGGAAGAGAGUAGUUCGGCGAUUUGGUUAUGGGAAAUCGAUGGUCGAGAUUGAAAAUCAGAAUGCAUCGGAAGGUAAUACGCGUGGGAUGCAAGGAAUUUAUAGGGAGAAGGUUCAGCGACUUGGCUCGCCGCCAUCCUGUCUUGGCAGAGAGAUUGAAAAGAGAGAAGUUCGGCGAUUUGGGUUAUAGGAAAUCGAUGGUCGAGAUUGAAAAUCAGAAUACUAUGAACCCUCAUGCAGACGGCGAAGUGGCAGAUGAAAUCGGAGUUGAAAAAAUGAUGAGGAGAGGAAGAUAGUGCGCGAUUCAUCUAUUUUAUUUUCUGGGAGACUAGACGUCGGUGAAGGAGAGGAAAGGGAGAAGGUCUGGCGAUUAGGGAGAAGGGAAAUCAAUGAUCGAGAUAAAAGUCAGAAUGCAUCGGACGGUAAUCCGUGUAGGCUGAACAGAAUUUGCAAUAGACCUGCUCGAAGCCCACUGGACCCCUUAAAUCAAUUAGGCGCUAUUUAUUAUCUAAUAAUAUUUCGCUUUGCCUGCAUUUUACCCAAGACUGGUGGAAAAUUCUUUUUUUGAGCAAAUUUUUGUCAACGUAUGAGCAAAUCUUAUUUAGUAAUUAAUUUAGUUCCACUAAUUUAAAACUAAAUAAGUCAUCACUAAGAAUCAAAAUUGCAGCCUAUGAGUCCAAAUCAUUGUUAUGACUUACACAUUUAACCAAUAAGCUAAGUUCUAGUUGAUUAUACUAUAUAUACACAAUAAGAUUAGUAGUCUUGCUAUGAAAUGAGUUUAAAAUCUAACAUCUUACUAUGAGUUUAAAGUUUUUGAUAACACCCAAAUUGGUGUUAUUUACCCUUUAUAUUUAGAUUAGUUUCGUGCUAAUUCAUGUGCAUAAUCGGAAGAAUAUUAUCGAUUGCAUCCUAGUUUCGUUCUUAUUUGAUUAUGUUAUAAUUUUAGGGUGCUUUAGACGAUACAUGUAAAUUAGGUGCGAAAAGGGCACAAGUAUAGUGAAAUGGGCAGGAAGCUGAUGAUCACCUGAGAGAAGACAGAAAUUUUCGACGGUCGGAUCACGAUUACCAUCUUCCUUGACCACGUGGAAGUUCGCGACCGUGACUCAUGGAUCGCGACCAUGAAGUCAGCCCGCGAACUCCCCGAAGAUGAAGACCAAAACGGCAAAGCCUGAAGAUCGCGUGCUCGAAGGAAUUGAUCACGACCGCGAAUUUCCCCUGCUCGACCGUGAACUUGUCUGCCCUCCUCAAUUCUAUAAAUAGGGGACUCCUCCCCCUUUAGAAGAUGGCUUUUGGCAGAUUUCUGAUUCUAGAGAGAUAUUAGAGAGAGAAGCUGAAGGAAGGAGAAGAAGUGGAGGAGGACUUUGUUUCGUUGGCGAAACUCGCGCGUUCAAUGCGCUCUGAUUUCAAGGAAACAAAAACCCAAAGUCAGCAAAAACCGACAAAUAUCCGCCACCGAAUGUCGGCGCCGUUGAUUUGAUCGAUUAAACAGAAACCAAGAUGACUGUCAAAUAUCCACCGCCGGCGUCGGCGAUGUUGAUUCGAUCAAUACACCUUUGACUUCUAAUCAAACAACCGUUACUCGGUUCACCACCUCUCCAAACUACGUUCGAACGAGGGUGUUCAACGAAUAACCAGAAAAUCGAACCAGGAGUUCUAAGUUACGUUACCUCUACUCCUAUGGAGGUUCCUCUGGAGAGCUCCGCAACUACGACUACAACUACUACGACUCUGCAAAGGAGGUCUUUGACAGAGCGGUUCUACAAAGCUACGGAGAAAAACUGAUAGAUCUGCGACGGUGCAGUUUGAGAUUUGAUUUUUGCCGUCACGAGCUUCUCUCUCUUCCCAAUCUUUAUACUUCGCGCUUCUCCCCGUCGUAGUAACUGCCUUGGCGCCUUUGUCUCCCACGUCUUCAUUCCUGUCAACCGUGCAGGUAACUUCCUCCUUGUUGCGUGAUAAUCACGUGCCCUCGAAACCGCUCUUGCUUUGCAGAUGCUUGGCGAAACGAAUUACAACCUUGUCCAUGUAACGAUGACGUUUCACCAAUACCACGACAUCGCCUUUCACCAACCGAUGUCGUUUUAUAAUCCAACUCAACUUCCCCGACUCGGUUUAACCAACGACAUUGUUAGUCCAUCAAACAACGUCGUUCUAUACUCUUGCGCCGUCGUUGGGCUUGGCGGGCUGCCUUUGGCCGAACUCUUACCACUACCGCGGUGUCGUUUAACUUUUCCGCGGCAUCGCUUUUCAUUAAACGACACCGUCUAAAAUAAUCAUAAAAUACUAAUUAAUUAAACCAGCCCUCAUUGUUAACUCGCCGUCGAACUUUCACCCCUCGGCGUCGUUCUUAGUUAAACAACAUCGUUUCCUUGUCCCGCGAUGUCGUUGAACUUUUGAGCUUCGCGACACUGUUUUAAUUUUAACACUGUCGUUUUAACUGUUGCGGCAUCGUUUGGCCUACUCACGGUAUCGUUUUUAAAUCCGCGGUGUCGUUUCUUUCCUCUUGCGGCAUCGUUUUCAACUAAACGACACCGUGCUAAAUAAUCAUUAAAAUAUUAAUUAAUACGGCCAUCAUUAGCCCACUCGUGAGUUGGCCAACGACAUCAUUAGCGCCCAAAACGGCUCCGUAUGCUUUUUCUUUCGCGACAUCGUUUGUUAUUUAAGCACUGUUGUUUGCUAAUCCGCGGUACCGUUAGGCUUACUCGCGGUACCGUUUUUAAUUAAACGACACCGCUGAUAUAGCCGAAAAUAUUCCAUGGAACCGCCGCCAAUCGGCGCUCGCAUUGGACUAGGCGAAUUUUGGUUUAAUUAAUCGCUACCGCUUACCAGGCUCUCGCGGCAUCGUUUUUAAAUUCGCGAUACCGCUUAUCUCCAUGCGGUACCGAUUUUCCCCUUCCAACAAGGAAUAAUGAUAAUAAUUAAUAAUAAUAAUCAAACUCCUUUUCCAACACCAAUACCAAACGCGCGGCCCAUAUCUUGCAUCUCCGUAAACGGUGUCGUUUCUAGUGCCGCGGUUCCGCUGAGCCUCCUUGCGGUACCGUUUUAACUCUCCGCGGUGCCGCUUGUCUCCAUGCGGUACCGAUUUUUCCCUUCCGACAAGGGAUAAAGAUAAUAAUUAAUAAUAAUAAUAAUCAAACUCCUUUUCCAACACCAAUACCCAACGCGCGGCCCACAUCUUGCUUCCCGGUAAACGGUGUCGUUUCCAGUGUCGCGGUACCGGUGAGCUUCCUUGCGGUACCGUUUUUCUGUUUCGCGGUACCGUUUCAACUCUCCGCGACGCCGCUCAACUCCAAACGACACCGUUUUUUACCCGCGGUAUCGAAUUAAAUGCCGAGACUAAUUAAUGCGGCAUUUAAUU